AUGAGUUUUUUCUUCUUUCCACUUUUUGCAAAGAAUCAUGCUGUUUCCAUACGAAAUUAUGGGGUUUGUGGUUGCCUCAUAUCAGGCUUUGGCGUGAAGGGAUUUGGUCUCGCAGGAAAAAUAUCAGAUGCCAAAGUCAUACUUAAUGGUGGCCAACGAGUUACUUUUCUUGGGCCUGGUGGAUAUUUUUCAUUCCAUAAUGUGCCAGCCGGGACUCAUCUAAUUGAAGUGGUGGCAAUUGGUUAUUUCUUUUCUCCUGUUCGUGUUGAUGUUAGUGCCAGAAACCCUGGCAAGGUUCAGGCAGCACUAACAGAGAACAGGAGGGCUCUGAAUGAGCUAGUUUUGGAGCCGUUGAGAGAGGAACAGUAUUAUGAGAUAAGGGAACCCUUCUCCAUAAUGUCUCUUGUGAAAAGCCCAAUGGGUCUGAUGGUUGGAUUUAUGCUGAUUGUGAUGUUCUUAAUGCCCAAACUAGUAGAAAACAUGGAUCCAGAAGAAAUGAGGAGAGCUCGAGAAGAGAUGACAGGCCAAGGGGUUCCUUCUCUUGCAAGCUUGUUACCUGGAGCCCAGAGGAAUUAG